AUGGUUGAGGUUCUGGGUCAGCCAGAGGACCACCUGCUCCGUGCUGGGAAAUAUACCCGGUACUUUUUCAGUGAGGAGGAGACUGCUGACGGUCCAGUAUGGAGGCUGAUGACACCAGAAGAAUUUACAGCUGUCAGCAAUGUGAAACCAGGGGAGCGGAAGAGCUUCAUUGAGCUGCCCAGUUCUCUGGAUGACUUGGUUAAUAUCUAUCCAAAAGGGGAGGCUGCUGAAUUUGAGGACCGAAGGGCUUUUGUGGACAUCAUGAAACAGCUCCUGCAUCUUGACGGGGAUCACAGAAUCUCUCCCUGUCAAGCUCUACAGCACUACUUCAUCACAAUGUCCCACCUUACGGGGCACCUUGACAGCAGAGCCUAUCUGACUACCUCCCAAACUAUGAUGAGCAUCUGCCCAACGGAGUACUCUAUAGACAGGGACAACUCUGCAGCCUUAGCUGCUGGGUUCUGUGUCAAAGGGCUAACCUCUUGCUCCAUAGUUGAUGAUACAGCCACAGGGUCAUUUAAUGGAACCAAAGCCACUGUUUCCUGUGAUGAUGGCUCCCUCACUGGGUCAUCUGAUGGAGCUCCAGUCACUUCCUCCUGUGAUGAUGAUGAAGUUGCCUGGUCUUCUGAUGGAGCACCACUGUCUUGGUCUUAUGAAGAAGAUCCACUUGCCUGGUCUUCUGAUGGAGCUAAACCAACAGACUCCACUGCUGCAGCCUCAGCAUCGUCUUGUCAAACAAAAAAUUUGCUGAAGAGGACUCGCAGAUUCUUCAGUCGAAUCACAGCUUCCUUUUUGUGCUGCUGGCAUUCACCUGUGGAGGACUGA